AUAAAAAUAUUUAACAAAUUAUUUGAUUUAACGAAGAUUAUGAAUUUUGAAUGUCUUAUUAGAAUUCGCGGGCUUAAUUUGAACGAUAUCAGGUAUGAAUUGAAGAGGGCACUGAGGUAACAAUACUUACCUUAAAACUCUUUAUAUAUAUUAUGACGCUUUGUUCAAUUUGUAUUCCCUGUCAUUGUAGAAAAAAAAGGAUAAAUAAAGCACAACUAAAACAACAUAUGGACAUUAUCGUCGUCGGAUAUUAAACGUGAUAAGGCAUGAGAUAUCUUGCGCGGUCUACAAUUUGAUAACAGAACAAUUCAUUCUAUAUGUUUUCGCGUACAUUUUACUAUAUUUAGUCAAGCAUGGAAAUAAGAAAUUAGAAAUUUAUUCAAACAAAUUGAAACCAGUUUGACGCAUACAUAUGAUAUUAUGUAUCUUUCAAUUAUUUAUGGGGUAACAUAAAAGUGACAAGAGAGAGAGAGAGGAAAGAUAACCAAUUCAGUAUUUAGUCAAAUAAAUAAAAGGUUGUAACAGAUUUUAAGAAAUGUCCAGGCCGAGUAUUAAAUAUCAAAUUGUUAAGAAGGAUGAUAUUUCGUAUUACUUAUCAUCACAAAGUACACAAGAUUAUCCAACUUUACCUAAAAAGGAACCUUGCACAGGAGCCUUACAAACAACUUUAAUCAUUUCUAUUUAUUUCGUUUUAUCCAUAGGACUUACUUUUUAUCAAAAAUGGUUAUUCAAGUCAUAUGGCUUCAAUUUUCCUCUGGCAGCAGUAAUCUGUCAUUUGGUUGUCAAAUUUCUACUGUCUGCGUUAAUACGUUGCAUAAGAUUAUGCUGUAAAGGACCGCAAUAUCAUGUGAAACUUACUUGGCAAAAUAUAAUAUGUUCCCUAGCACCACCAGGCAUAGCUAGUGGAUUUGACGUUGCUUUGUCAAAUUGGUCAAUCGCAUUAAUUACCAUAUCUUUAUAUACGAUGACAAAAUCCAGUACCAUUGUUUUUAUACUUGGAUUUUCUCUUAUAUUUAAACUUGAGAAAAAGUCGUGGUCUCUAAUUGCUAUAGUAGCAGCAAUAUCAGGAGGUUUAUUCAUGUUUACUUAUAAAUCUACCCAAUUUCACGUGCUCGGUUUUACGUUAUGUCUUUUGGCAUCGUUUUCAAGCGGCCUCAGAUGGACCAUGGCUCAAGUCAUAAUGCAAAGAUCUAAAUUGGGUCUUAGAAAUCCAAUUGAUAUGAUUUAUUAUAUGCAACCAUGGAUGUUGUUACCUAUAAUACCUAUCUCAUUAUGGUUUGAGGGUCCAGAAAUGUACAGUAGUCUUAAGAAUAUUAAUUGGAACGAUUAUGAACCAAUUAUGGUAACUGUAGCUGCAGUCAAUUCUGGAGCUAUUUUAGCAUUUGUUAUGGAAAUAACAGAAUUUUUACUUGUCACGUACACUUCUAGUCUAACACUUUCUGUUAUCGGAAUAUUUAAAGAAAUUUGCAUAUUGAUAUUAGCCUUUGUAUGGAAAGGUGAUCAUAUAAGCGGCCUAAAUUUCGUAGGUUUAUUAUUGUGCCUCGGUGGAAUAAUACUUCACGUUAUUCAAAAAGUAUUAUUGAAUAGAAGUAAAGUGAUUGAAAGUUUAGAGUUAAAAGAUAAUUUAAUAACGAGUAACAAUGCUAAAAAGGAAGAUGGGAUCGAUGCUAAUUUACCAUUAUUAACGCAAAAAUCUAGUUCCUUAAUUAAUUUAUUAACUACAGAUUUUACUUCCGACGAAGAAGAUGAUAUUAAAAUGAAAGAAAAUUCUUCUCAAGUAUUAAAUAAUAUUUUACAACGCAGAGAAUGAGAAUGUGAAAUAAACACACGAGUCAGAUUUCAUUUUUUCUCAUCUGUGGAUUUAAGUAAUUAACGAUUGACAUCACAAAUUUCAAUAA